AUGACAUCACCUUGGAAUCGAAAUGUAACUAGUGGAUUUCCAAUUGCUGAUGAGUAUGAACAAAAUCAAGAACAAUCAUCAGCAUGGGUUCGUUAUACUCAAACAGACAUUGGUAGUUCAUAUAAGCAAGCAUCAUCAUAUGUUAACCUAAAUCUAAUCCCAGAAAUGUGUAUGGAUGAAGACGACAAUCAUUUUGAGCAAGCAAUUGCUAACAAUGAGUUUGACUUGGUAGAGGAUGAGCCUGGCAUUCAUACUGAUGAUAGUGACGAUGACGAGGAGGAUGGUGGUAAUGUAGGGUUGAAUAUUGAUUCUGGAAUCGACAAUGAAAAUGGGCACAUAAAUUUGGAGGAGAUGGUACCUGAAUUUGGCGAUGUUAGUCAAGCGGAGUAUGCAGUGUGCCGAGAUUGGGAUAAGCAAAAUCAAGGUCCAUAUGAUACGUUGGCAGAGAAGGAAGUUUUUGAAAACAAGAAAGAAUUAAUUCGCGCAGUGAAGAUGUGGCAUAUUCAGAAUAACUCCCAGUACAAGACUCAACGCUCAAGUAAAUCAGAAUUGCAAUUGAUAUGCAUGAAAGAGCCAAUUUGCAAUUGGUAUCUUCGAGCAAUGAAAAAAGAAAAAUUUAACCUGUGGAUGAUAACAGUUAUUAAAGGUCGUCAUACAUGCACAAAUGCCUCACUACAUCAUGGACAUCGACAGUUGGAUGCAGAGUAUAUUGCAGAUGAAGUUAUUCAUAUUGUUAAAGCUGAUUUGAAGAUUAACAUAGCAGCUAUUCAAGCAUAUGCAAGCUCACAUUUGAAGUACCCGGUGUCGUACAGGAAGGCUUGGGUUGCAAAACAAAAAGUGAUGGAGAAAUUAUUUGGCACAUUUGAAGAUUCAUACAACAUGCUCCCUCGAUUUUUACAGGCGUUGCAGAUUUCUAAUCCAGGGUCAAUAGUGAAUUUAAACUAUAAGGAAUGUGUGAAUGGAGUGGCAACUUUCGGUCGUGUCUUUUGGGCAUUUAGGCCUUCUAUCGAAGGCUUCCACUUUUGUCGUCCAUUGAUAAGUAUUGAUGGAACUCAUUUGUAUGGAAAAUACAAGGGGAAACUGUUGAUUGCGGUUGCAUUCGAUGCGGAUAAUGGACUUUUUCCAUUAUGUUAUGCAAUUGUAGAUGAAGAAAGUUCUAAUAAUUGGGGAUGGUUCAUAGAUAACAUUCGUUCUUAUGUAACAAAUCGACCAGGAAUUUGUGUUUUGUCUGAUCGACAUGCAGGUAUUUUGGCUGCAAUGCGGGAUAGGUGGCCCGAACCAGUUGCUUACCACAGGUAUUGUUCGCGUCAUUUUGUUAGUAAUUUCCACGACAAGUUUAAGGAUGUAGACAUGAAGAAUGCAGUAAAUUUGAUGGCCAAUGAACCUUCCAGACAAAAAUUUGAUUUGUGGAUGUCGCGAGUAAAAGAUAUAAACAUUGCAGCGUGGAAUUAUCUAGAUCGUGCAGGAAAAGAAAAAUGGAGUUUAUCGUAUGAUGAUGGGCAUAGAUAUGGUAACAUGACUACAAAUAUGUCAGAAAUAUUCAACAGUGUUCUAAAGGGGGGGAGAUUCCUUCCUAUUACUGCACUUGUCCAGCUGACAUUUUAUAGGUGCAACAAAUAUUUCGUGAAGAGGAGGAUGGAAGCAGAACAAUAUAGACUUCAAGGUUCUGAAUUGCCUCCACAGGUUUAUGGUCACAUUAGUAGAGAAAAUGAAGAUGCUAAACGACAACAUGUUCGGAUGUUCAAUCAUGACCCUCCUACAUUUCAGGUGACAACAAGAACAAGAGGUGCGGAAAAUAAUCAACGUGGUGAACGGCGGGCUGUAGUAUGUCUUGGAGAACGACCAGAAGAUCAAUCUUGUUCUUGCAAUAUGUGGCUAUUGUACCAUCGUCCAUGUUCACAUGUAUUGGGUUGUUGUUCGGUUAACAAGAUUGAUUGGAGGCAAUAUAUGGAGGCAUAUUUCACAAUUGGUGCAUAUGAGAGCUCAUAUGCGCCUAUCUUUUGCCCAAUACCUGAUGAGUCAGGUUGGCAGAUAUAUAGUGGCCCAGUUGUCAUUGCUGAUCCCGAUCAACGUAGGUCAUCGAAAGGUCGUCCAAAGUCAACACGAAUAAGAAAUGAGAUGGAUGCAAGAGAAGGUCGUUCAUCGAACAAGUGCAGCAUUUGUGGACAAAGAGGGCAUAACAAAAAAUCUCAUAAGUCCACUGCACAAAGUAAUUUGUAUAUGUAUAUUUAUUGUUUAUUCUUUGUACUUGUUUAA